UUUGACCUAGUAACCUAGGACUUUGGCCUAUUUUUCAAAAACUUGAACUAUUUGAACUGAAGGGACAGGUUAAGUAGAAUCAUGCUUCAUGGCGAGCUAUGAUAACUCUUGUUGUAUGUACAUUCUACUUUUCAUUUCUGUCCAGAACUACAUGUAUAUAUAUAUCGAGAUUCAUACGCACGUUGUUCACAUUCAGGAGGAAAUGGCUACCAUUGCUCUUUGGUAAAGAUAUCGAAGAAAAAACAUUAUAAAUAUAAAUAAAAUAUUUUGAAAUUGAUAAAAGCUAUCUUGCUUCGCAGGCAAUAUCCUCACUUGCAUGCGCCAGAUAUUUCGACACAGUGGAGUAGCCAUAUGCAAUUGAGGGAUGGAGACUGAAAAGUGUUCGACACUACCUCCACUAGAGGCGGGAACCCUCCGAAUAUACAGUAUGCGCCUUUGUCCAUUUGCUGAAAGAACUAGGCUGGUGCUUGCCCACAAAAACAUACCAAAUGAAGAAGUAAAUAUCAACUUGACUAAAAAGCCUGAAUGGUUUAUGGAAGAGAUAAAUCCUUUGGGAAAGGUUCCUGCUUUACAAAAAGAUGACAAGAUUAUAUACGAGUCGGGAGUUUGCAGCGAUUACCUGGACCAAGUGUAUCCGGGCAACAAAUUGACCCCUGAUGACCCUUACCAGCAGGCCAAGGACAGGAUUUUGGUGGAACACUUUGGGCAGGUGACUACGCAAUACUACAAACUGUUACUGGGAAAGCCAGAUGGAUAUUCUGCAGCGGCGGAGACUCUUAACAAGUUGUUGUUGGAAUUCGACAAAGAACUCCAGAAGAGGGGACAUUUCUUUGGAGGAGAAAAACCGCAGAUGGUUGAUUACAUGAUAUGGCCCUGGUUCGAGCGAUUUCCUGCGAUGGAACAGCUAGUAAACCAAACAUUUUUAACAGAUGGAUCCAAAACAAACUUGGCAGCGUAUGUAAACAGGAUGUCGGAUAUUCCAGCAGUCCAAAAGUGUCGUCUGCCCGUGGACAAUCACCUUAAAUUUUAUCAGAGCGUUAAGAAUGGCGCCGCUGACUAUGACGUCGGACUUGAAUGAUUUCAUAACAUAUAGACUUGGAUGUGUUGUAUAUAUAUUGAAUACAAAUAGCUACAGUUUAGAAAAAUUACAAAGUUUAUGGCAUUUUUCACUACUAAAAUAAAAUCACAGUUUUGUUAA